UGUCUGCCGAACAGAACUACUCUAAGUUAGCCAACAAGCUGCUUUACAACGUCUCGAUGAGCGCGGGCGAGAGCAGCUUUUUUUAGUAGUUUGGGUUUUGUUUUGUUUUUUUUUUUUCCUUUUUCAACGUUCUUUUGGUUGAGUGAGAUGCAGCCCUGAGUGCAGCACCAACAACCGAUCGGACCAGUAGGGGACUGUAAUGGUUAUGGCAACCAACUUGCAACACUACAGAAAGAGUGCAUUUCCUCCAAUUCUGAGUACUUACCUGCCGCUUCGUUGCAGGAAUCAGAAUAACCACAAGCGAAGGAAGACUGUCAAAGAUGACAAAGGGAAGAAGAGAAACAACAACUCAGCAUUUAGUGAGGAAGGUAAAGAAGUACCACCUUGAAAUGUGUAAGGAUCUCUACAGACAAAGAAAUGCCACGUAUGUGCAUUACCGAGACUUGCUGAAUAAGAAAGUUCAAAAGCAGCGAAUUCAGAUUCAAAUGUCUGAUUGUAGGCUCAAGCAAAAUCUUGAACAGCAAAGAAGAAGAAAGUGUAUCCCUGGACAUCAAGUGCCAUACUGCAAAUUGUCUCACGAUGCUAAGUACCUCGAGUCUAUUCCUCAGUCCUGUAAUUACCUGAUUGUAGGACUACAGAAUGAACUGAUUAAGCGUGGGGUCUUAAAGAACCAACAGGACUGUGAAGACUUUUGGACUCUGAUUCCCCAGAGCUGUCACAGUUCACAGCUCAAAGGAAAACUUGAGGACAUAAAAUCAAAAAUGAUUGCUUCCAAAAGUUUGCCUUCCCGUGUCCCUGUAAGAACCAGUACAGCACAGCCAACUGAUGUUUUUCUAAGCCAAAGAUAUGGGAAGCUGAAAGAAAGCUCAGCCAAUGUGUCAGAAUCAAUGUGCUGCCAACCUCUACCUCAUCAUCCAAGUAAACACAUGAAGUCCCAAAAAGAAACUGAGCAAAUAUUUCCUAAGCUGCAGUUUUCUAGGCUCUCUGAAUUGCAAAAAAGACCCGAAGAGUUGCUCCAAACUCAGGAGGAGUACAGAAUUUCUAAGAGGAGUAAGAAAUAUUUCGAACAUAAAAAGCGUCUUUUUUACUUGCAUCAUAUCUAUCAUCUUGCCUUUCUUAAUAUGGCGUCAUCCAAGAGACGGCUAGAGCAAAACAACCAGUUUGCAGAUGUUGAAAAUGAGUGCAGUGUCCAUGAUCUGAUGAUUUACUUAUUUCCAAGUGAACAUAAAUCACCAUGUGCCACUAAGAGAGAGACGGAGGGAAAUGUAUUUCCAGGCUUGGCAGGAAGGAAACAGCAGGAACAGCAUUGCAAGAGAUCCUCUAAAGCACGCACGCUUUUCAAAGAAAUGAGAAAUGAAGAUAACGGAGCCAUUGAAAUUCCAGAGGAUUGGAAAUCGAGUGUCAGUGAUUUAGCCCUACAUGAAAUGACCACUGUGCCUCUAACCCUUGAAGAUGUGGCUCUGAAACAUCCAGUGCUGGUAUGUUGGUCCUCAUUUAUUCUACGUCCUCAUAUUCAGUUCCAUAAAACCUGGGGACAUCAGGUACCAAGACUGAAGGCUUUGUCCAAUUUCUGAACUGCUGAAGAGAGAUUUGGGUUUGACUUUGCUCUCAAAUCUCAACACAGUGACAACACAGAGUCUCCAACCCUAUUUUCUGUGUGUAGGCAAGCAUGUAUCGCUAUUAGUACUAGAUCCCUAAAAGAUGGUAUUAGAAACUUGAAGUAUAGUUUCUCAGGGACCUAGUUAUAAAAUAGUUUAAUAACCUUAGAAGUACAUGGAUACUUAGAGAGGCUGAUGACUCCUUUACUUCUAACAACUGUUAUGUCUUACUUCCUUUAAAGGUAAAUACCUAUUUUCUACUACCUUGCC